GUUCGGGAGGCAUCCACCGACGCGGAAUUCUAUCUGGCAUGGGUGGCGGCACUCGAAGACCUGAAAAGGCAUUAUCCCAAGUCUGAAGAACCUACAUAUGACCCUACCUCUGCCGUCUACUACGCAAGGUUCGUCAAGAUGGACACAGCCAAGACAGAGAAUAGAACAAAACUAUGGACCGUCGACAAGGCCCGGCGGGAAGUCGACGAGCAAUUGCGCCGAAAGCGGCUCCAGGAGAAGCAAACCGAUCAAGCGACUAUCGUGCAAGAGCCAGCGAUCGUAUCCGCUGACGUAUCGGAUCUAUCUCCUCCGAUGACAGAGGCCCAGUCCCCGGAGAUCUCGACGAUCGAUGACAGCUGGAUGGAAGACUCCACCGGUGUAUUGGGGGCCGGUCCCGUCUCAAAAAAGGCAUUCGGUAAACGCAAGAAGAAACAGCAACGCAGAAAAGCUAAGAAGCCGAUGGAGCAGCAUAGAAUCACCGGUGCUGCUCGACAUUCAAGUCACGAAGAUUCGGAGAGUGAAGCGUCGGACGUGGACAUAUUGGCAUUGGUGGCGACAAAACUGGCCAAAGAAGAGGUAGACAGUCCGGCAUCAGCGACUGCUGAUAGCAGACGAUUUGAACCGGUAUGCGGCGAGAAGGAUUCUCCGAAGCCCGACACCUCACAGCUCCAAGCGAAGUCCCUACCCACAAAGGCACUCGAACGGACUCACAUCACUCCCCUUACACCUGAUCUCACAUCUGAGUCGCCCGGUCAAGCGCAACGCACGCCACCGGCGACUCCGCACCCUUCCGUAAGACCUGGCGAUGAGAAACGUGAGACUGGCACUUCCGAGAUUUAUCUGCCUACCGAGAAGAGGGAUGGGGCAUCAUUCACUGUCGUCAAAUCCGGACGCGAGAGCGUUUCAGAUCACCAACGCAAUCGGGAGUCUACUACCUCGUGCCGACCACCUUCCGGGCCCGCCAAACAAUCCGUGUCGCAACUGCAUGUCGACAGAGGCACUUCAUCGGUCCCUUUAGCACAAUCGGAUCUUCAGGAGGGAGCAUACAUCAGUCGACAUCCACAAACUGGAGAGGAGAUCGUGGUCUUCCCUGGACCACGCCCGAGGCCACCGUAUGAAAGGUCUCUUUUUGUUACAGGGAUAAGGAAGAAUUCUAGCGUAGAUCCUGGAACUAUGAGACGCAUUCUCCGCGACCAUUUCAGUGCUUUCUACCCUGUGGAAAGAAUAAACCUGGUUGCCGAUACCACUGCAGCUGUCUACAACGCCUUUGUCUCUAUCGAUACCCGCGAGCAUGCUUUGAGUCUGAUCGACAACCCACAGGCCAGGGUGUUGCUUUACAACACCGGGACUUUCGGCGAAUGGACCGGUGACGAGGUGAAAGACGCGCUGAAGAUUGAGAUGGUUCAAGGGACUCGGCCGUUGUACAUCAAGCUCAACAAGACUUCUGGCCCCCGAAACGGAUUUCAUCCUCUGUCUCGGAUAGGAAGACCGGUCGGCGACAAGGUCGUGUAUGAGAGAUAUCUGGAGUAUGCCGGCUCCGACGAAAGGCGCAAGAAGUACCGCAUACGUCAUCGUGUCGACCUUUCCGCCAACACGCUAUGCCCCGAUGAAUACGAGAGAGAACGAAACAUGCGCUCUUUCUAUGGCAACGACGUAGCGACUAUAGAGCCUCUAGUCCUCGACGUGAAAUCGGCUGCCUCCGAUGAAGCUGCAAUGCGUUUGCUCUGCGAGCCUUUUGGCGACAUUGAAACAAUGACGCCCUCGAUCAGCUCUCGAGGGGAUCAAGGAGGUUUUAACGUCAAAUACUGGGAUCGAGACGGCUCACUGAGGGCAUCGCAGCAGCUUAGACUUCUCAACGGAGUCGUCUGUUACGUGCCCAAGCCUGAUACCGCAACGUCAGCCCCUACAGACUUGAGCCCCCAACGUGUCCUAGCCAACCAAAGUCAGGGGCCGAUGGCUUCAAGAGAUGGCAUCCGCAACUCUUCGGUCGAACGUACAAAGGUUAAACCUGCUUCUCCCAACGGAACAGAGCAUCGCGCGCUUCAGUCUACUAUCGCUCUCGCUGAAGAAUGGCCGGCCUUGCCAAGAGCUCAACGAGGCGAUAGCUUGCCGUCCCUACACACAUCUGAUGUCGAUAUGGAUCCGCCUGUAGGCCACGGAAAGGAAGUCAAGAUGCUGAGUCCAGUCGAAGAGGAGCCAGUGGAUGCUUCAGACUCGUUCGAAGAGACUGCCUCGAGCACUCUCCCACGGGAACAGAAACUCGCAAGUACAACAGUCGCCGACCGUCUUCCACCGUCGCCAGGAGCGCUCUCUUCCUCUGCGACAUCUGAGUCCAAACCGUCCAUUGUGUUGAAGACCCCGAAGAACAUUCCUAGACCCGUGGAUAAUGCCGUCACCCCUUCAUCGCUAGGGCUCACCCACAUACCUGCGCUGGAUACCAAAGAGGACGGGAUGUCGUCGAACCCGGUUGUAGACCCCUUCCUCGCCCAUAGACCGACUCCCAUUGUCUCUCUAGGAAGUUCGGAGCAAAGUAAAACACCCAACAGCCUCGGAUCCGCUGCAAAGCGCAUGAGUUUGGAGAUCAGCAAUCUGUCCAUUCACGAUACGGAGGAUACGGUACGCGAGCGCUUCAAGCCUUAUGGCCGGGUGGUGAGUUUUUCUGCUCAAUCCCAGCGAUAUUGACCCCUGAUGAAGCCAAUCUUUAAUCAGACGGCCGUUAACGUCUUUGAUCAAGGCGGUGGUCUUCCACGCCGAGCCACUGUAUCGUUUACGUCUGUCGCUUCCGCACGUCACGCUGCAAGUCGGGAGAACUGCCGUAUCGUCGGUGACGAACAACGGCAAGCCGUUCCUAUGUCAAAGCGAAUCGGAGAGGCAGAUGAAAUACAAGUGGACAAGGGGGAAGGUCCGCCCGAACCAGACACACUGUCGUUUUUGUGUGGUUCGCACAGCGAGCCUCACAUCUUUGCCCUUAAACAUGAUGCAAGCCAUGAACUAUUAGACGUUGAACCGAACGAUACAAAGGCUGGCCGCAAGCGGUCCAGAAGUGAUCCCGGGCGAG